AUGGGCAAAAAGGGUAAAGGAAAAGGCAAUAAGCUGGCCAAGAUGUCCGAGGAGGACCGGGCCCGCUAUCUCCAAAUGCGAUCCGACGCGGAAGAGGAGACGAGGCGCCGGAAAAUGCAGCUCAUUGCGAUGUACAUGAAGUCAUGUUCCCUUUCCGUAGAAAGGGAUCAAUCACUCAAUCCACUCAAUCAGGAGUGGCGCAGCAUUCUAAGGCAGGUAAAGAUUCAGGAGCUGCAAAGGGAAAUCGUCGACGUGGAGGCCGUCUUCAAGGAGGCUCUGAAGCGCAAGGACAAUGUAAUACAGCGCCUCAUAGCGCACAUCGGCUCUACGGAGGAUAUGUACGCGAAUCUGCAGCAGUCCCACAUGGAGAAUAUAAGCGGUAUCAUUGGUAUCCACCGGAGUAGGCUGGAGUUCUUUCGGAAUAUCUUCGAGGAGGAUAAGCAGGCGGUUCUGGGUGAAUGGGAACAGGAUUCGGCUGGCUUCCGGGAAAUGCACGCCCAGAAGCAGCUGGAAUUGGAAGCGGCGUAA